AUGGAUGAUGAUGAUGAUAUACAGUCACACUCAAACACCACCGAGUCUUCCUCACCGUCACCGUCACCACCACCACCGAACGGAAGGAUCACCGUGACUGUUCCAGCUACCGCCACCGUGCCUCCACCCCCUCCGCCACAACAGACUGACAACAGCUUAGCACUUGUUUUGCCGACGAAGUCGAAAGCGAACGGAAGCGGAGGAGGAGGAAGAGAGGAUUGCUGGAGCGAAGGAGCCACGGCUGUGUUGAUUGAUGCUUGGGGAGAAAGGUAUUUAGAGUUGAGCAGAGGGAACUUAAAGCAGAAGCACUGGAAAGAUGUGGCUGAAAUUGUCAGUAGUAGAGAAGAUUAUUCAAAAUCUGCGAAAACUGAUAUCCAGUGCAAGAAUAGAAUUGAUACCGUGAAGAAGAAGUAUAAAUUGGAGAAAGCGAAAAUGGCUUCUGGCGGUGGGGUAAGUUCUUGGCCUUUUUUUGAUCCUUUGGAUAGACUAAUUGGGUCUACUGCGAGGGUUCCUGCUGUUGGUAGUGGCAGUAAAUUUCCAUUUGCGAUUCCUGUUAGGGUUCGGAGUAGUAGUAGGAGGGGCGGGACUAACCAGUAUCAUUUCAGGAGGAAUCAGAAUAUGAAGGCUCGGAAAUGGGGUGGUGGAGAUGGAGAAGACAAGGAUGAAGUUCUCGAAAGAGUUGGAGUUACAAAGGAUGCAGUUUUUUAUGCAGACACAGAUGGAGAUUUCGCAGUUGAAGAACGGGAGAAAGGGAGGGAAUGCUAG